GCAGAUGCCGCCGGAGCUUCACGUCCACAUGAAGCUCUCAGCCGAGCUCUCGUGUUGUGAAAAUGUUAACACGAGGCGCGGUGUUCUGCCUUUAGCUGAAGAUAUGAUUCUUCAAACUGAGUCUUUUACUUUUAUUCCACCCAAAUUGGGCCGAUGUGACCGAGGUCCCCUUUAACUGCGGAUGUCCCUGACCAAUUCCAGCGUCUUUCUGCUCAACGAGGGUUCAGCCGAUUCCUACACUAGUCGACCCUCGGAUUCCGACCUGUCCCUGGAGGAGGACCAGGAGGCGUCUCGGCGUGAAGCCGAGCGCCAGGCUCAGCUGCAGCUAGAGAGAGCCAAGUCCAAACCUGUAGCAUUUGCUGUUAAAACCAAUGUCAGUUACUGUGGGGCCCUUGAUGAAGAUUGUCCAGUCCAAGGUGCCGCUAUUAACUUUGAAACCAAAGACUUUCUGCAUAUAAAAGAAAAAUACAACAAUGACUGGUGGAUUGGUCGACUGGUGAAGGAAGGGGCUGACAUCACUUAUCCAAGCCCGGUCAAACUAGAAGCCAUGAGGAUAAACAGGAGCAGAAAGCAGCAGCAAGGAAAGGAGGGAACGCUUCAUCGGGAGGCUGGAGGUCCACCCCUCCAUCUGCAGACAGAACAUGUCCCUCCAUAUGAUGUGGUUCCCUCUAUGCGGCCUGUGGUGCUGGUUGGCCCUUCUUUGAAAGGUUAUGAGGUAACAGACAUGAUGCAGAAAGCCUUGUUUGACUUCCUGAAGCACAGAUUUGAUGGCAGGAUCUCUAUUACACGGGUGACUGCUGAUCUGUCACUGGCAAAGCGCUCGGUGCUCAACAAGAAGGCCAUAAUGGAGAGAUCCAACACUCGCUCCAGUCUGGCUGAAGUCCAGAGUGAGAUAGAGAGGAUCUUUGAGCUGGCCAAGUCUCUUCAGCUGGUCGUCCUGGAUGCUGACACCAUCAACCACCCGGCACAGCUCCUCAAAACAUCACUGGCUCCCAUCAUUGUCUACGUCAAAGUCUCCUCGCCCAAGGUUCUUCAGAGGCUGAUCAAAUCUCGAGGGAAGUCGCAAAGCAAACACCUCAAUGUCCAGAUGAUGGCAGGGGACAAGCUGGCUCAGUGUCCGCCUGAGAUGUUUGAUGUCAUCCUGGAUGAGAAUCAGCUGGAGGAUGCGUGUGAACACCUCGCAGAGUACCUGGAAAUUUACUGGCGUGCCACACACCUCCCGUGUUCUGCCCCUGUUAACCCGUUACUAGACCAAAGUGUGAUCACCCCACCCUCAGCUAACUCCAGCCAACAGUUUUCCGAGACUCAAGAGUUGAUAGAAUAAUGACCACCACGAAAAUCGCAGCAGCCUGUGCUGUCGGCUGGGGUCAGACGAGGAGGUCAUAGAGCACAGGGACCAGGGCGCCACCAGGGGGCAGCAGCAGCCCUCAUAUCUUCAGAGCCAGCCACCACCUUCUCUGGCGAAAAGAAGAGGAACAAGAGCAGAGUCGUUCAAGCGAGGAAGAGCAGGAGGCUGGUGAGCUGGAAGAAGAGAAGAAACACAAACAGGGAGAGGAGCAUGAGGAGGAGGAGGAAGGUUAAACCAGAGGUACCUCCACCUCACUGCUGCCCCCUCGACAAGAGCUCCCUGCUCCCACAGCCACGCGACAUCUCAGGGCCGCUUUCUACAGCUGCACAGAUACUGGUGACAAAAACCAGUACAGCAGUGCAGUCACUGCACAACACCUUUUUCCCCUCCCUCACCCACCUGACCUCACCCGACUCCCUGCUCCCACACUGGAGGUCAAGCUGAGCCAGCCCAGGUGUGAUUGACACCCAGACAAAUUACACACCUGUGAAGUCAGAGGAUGUUAGCAUAAAGUACUGUAGCAUAGCAACACAAGAUACAAACAAAAGUAGCUUAUCAUUGUAGUGUUUCCUCUCAGAUAAUCACGGCUUCCAAAGAGAGUGACGCAAAACCAAUUCUUUGUCUUCCAUCUUCACAGCUCUCUGUGAGCUCACUCCAGUUUGACCAAAUGUUUCCUUUAAAAUGCACAACAGUUACUUUAUCUUAUUUAUGUUCUUCCUAAUCCAAUAGAUUUUUUGAAUCAUUAUUUUCCCUUUUUUUUUACUGCAGCUAAACACACUACCCUCUGUAAUCCAUAUCUUGGCCCUCAUGAUAGCUGGUCACAUAUCCAUAUGCAACAGUAAUGCAAACCACGUACACAUCAAGUGCAUGCUUCCAUAUCAGCAGUCUAUAUGCAUAUUUUUUCACAGCUGUGAAUGUAUAAAUGCUGCUCUGUCAGCUUAAGAGGGAUCAUUUGCGAUUAUUAACUGGUUUCUUUGCAGAUGGUUGGUGGCAAAUCUCAUAACGAUCACUUACAGUUCUCUGAAACAGAAACAACAAAAAAUACGUGAGCAUCAAUCAAGUCUUAUUCUGCUUCGAUUACAGCACUGUCUAAUCCCAUUUGAUCAUUCCAAUUUAUAAUACUGCUUGCCACUUGGUAAUAUGCAGACAGUAAAAAUCUUCUUUUUGACACUUAGAAAUGAUCCAGAAAUAUAAUUGGUAGCAGAACCAGAUGUCAGAGUAUGCUCUGGCUUUAACAGAUGUAAAACCAUCUCGAAUGCAUCAUUCUAGUCUCAAGCUUUCAGUUUUUGCUUUCAGUAGCAGUCAUACCCUGUCACCAAACUGCUCCUCAUGAUGAUUUUAAAGUAAAACUGAGAGUUUGAUACUGGAGCAAUAACCCUGUCCAGUCUCUUAUGACCAGAUGUUGUAAAUGAUGUUUCUUUUAAACUGUUAUCUACUCUCAUUUUGUUGUAUUUUUUUCUUCAGUAGAAGAAAUGCUGAAUAUGUGCAAGAUUUAACACACAUGACUUGACUUGAUCUCCAGGACCAUAAAACUUGAAAAAAACAACAGCUUGUUGAUUAGAUGUAGUGUAUGAUUUCUAAAUAGAUGUCUAGAUUAAGAAGGGUUACAUGUUGCUUCAGCAUGUGUGCUGAAUGUACAAUUUGUGAUAUUAGCACUUAACUUAAAAAAAUCACAUCUCCAUAAACCGCACAGUCAGGAGCAUAUCUGCCUUUUUUAUCACAACAGUAGCAUUAUUUAUAUUUUACAUCACUCGUUAUGCAACUGAAGAAAUGGUUGAUUAUAGACACCUAGUUUCUCUUUGGAUAUCAGGGUGAGUUGAAGGCAUCAGCAGGGACUCAGAGUUAUGUAACUCGAUGAAAAGAAGUAGCAACUUUGCAUGCAUCUGUACCCACCCUCCACCCCACCACUGUGCUACGACGCUGAAAGGAUUUCAUCACCGCCGAAGAGACACUGAGUCUCUAAGCACAUCAAAAGAUUGCCAGGCUUACUUCCCAAUAAGCCAGUAAAUUGUUUCAUAAUCUUUUGGCCGAAGUUCUGCAGGCACAUCAAUACAUGGAGGGCGACCUCUUGUGGCAAAUAUAUGUCAUUAUCUGCAACUCACUUAACUUCAAAGCAGACAUUACACGUGCAUCCAUAGAAAUGAAAAACAUGGACAACCUCUAGUCAUAACGGCAGUUUAAUGUAUUUGCUGCAAACAUCAAAAGCUUAAUUUUAACAUAAUUUCUCAUGUUUAUUUAUUUACUUAUCGCGCUGCUUCCACUUUAUGUCUAACAGUACAAGUGAAUGCAUCUCAAGAAGCACUGGUAUUCUCACCUUAAUGCAUCUGCUUUGCAUUAUACAAAUAUAUCAAUCGGUUAACGUACCACACAUGUAAAUAACCUAAUAUAUGUGCAUGACAUAUUGUAUUCCUGUUCAUCAGAAGGGCUUUUUGGGACCAUCCUCACAUGAGCCAUUCACUCUGCAGAGUAAUCAAUAUGACAUUCAUAACCAGUAACAUGAACACAUUAUUCAGGCUUUAUUGUACAUACUGUAUAAUCUGUAUGCAGAUAUUAUAAGUAUUAUCAUAAUGCACAGAAACAAAUAAUGCUGACAGAAAGCAGAGAGGGUUUUAGUCACAGCACAUAAAUCUAUAUUAAACGUCUCAGAGAGCAUGAGUUUAUAUGUCUUUACCUCUCCUUUUAGAAAAAAAUGCACUGCAGUUAUUUAAGACCACAGUAAAGUUUGCUUCCACUGAUACCCACAUUCAUUUCUGAAGGACCAGGUUUGAGAAACAUAACCUCUACUUGAGCACAGUUUCUUCUUUUAAUUAGAAAAUAUCUUACAUUUCUUUAAUUUCUCUUGCAGGAAACUUCUACAAAUUAUUCCUUCAAUGUCCAAAGCACAAUUUUUUACAAUUAUUGUUUUUCCUAUUGCUUUCACUCGCCUAAAUUCUGUAUGCAAUACAAAGUCUAUUAUUGACACGACACUAGCUGAGACUAUCAAGAUAUCUCUUCGGGUAUGAUGAGGUAUAAUUGCACUACUAUGAUUUCUGUGUCUGCUUUAUGAUGCAAUAAAUGCACUAAACAUUAUGCUGUACCUUCCUCCAAAACUAAACAAGAUGUCCGGUCUAAGGAUGAUGUUAACAUUUCACUGGGCUUCUGACAGGUCGACAAGAUAAAUAUCCAUCAGUGUCUGAAGAUAAUGUGUACAGGGUGCAUCUUUUGUUAAUAGCACAUUUGAAAGAGGGGGUGAUUAAAACACAU